AUGUAUGACUCUGUGACAGCUGGUCUGCAAGAAUUUUACCGCACCAAGCUUCUGCCCAUUGAAAAGGAUCAUCUUUUUCAUCAGUUUUAUUCGCCUGAGCUCACGGAUGCGGAUUUUGCAUCUGCACCCAUGAUUUUGCUCAUGGGCCAAUACUCGACAGGGAAGACUACAUUCAUCCGUCACCUGCUCCAACGUGAUUUUCCUGGAAUGAGAAUUGGUCCUGAACCCACGACUGAUCGCUUUGUGUGCGUACUACAUGGAGAGUCAGAUUCUACGACGCCCGGAAAUGCAUUAGUGGUAGACCAUGAACUUCCGUUCACUCAGCUGAGCCAUUUCGGCAACUCAUUCCUAAGCAGAUUAGAAGCUUCGCGCUUGCCCAGUCCUGUGCUGGAAGGGCUGACCCUGAUUGACACUCCUGGCGUGCUGUCUGGUGAAAAGCAGAGGAUCAAGAGGGGCUAUGAAUUUGAAGCGGUUGUCAAGUGGUUCGCUGAUCGCGUCGACAUGAUUGUGCUUCUGUUUGAUGUGUCCAAGCUGGACAUCAGUGAUGAAUUCAGGAGGGUGGUUCAGGCAACCAAAGGGAAUGACCACAAGAUCAGUAUUUUGCUCAACAAAGCUGACAACGUCACCACUCAGCAGCUCAUGCGAGUCUACGGAGCACUGAUGUGGUCACUUGGCAAGGUGAUAGAUACUCCUGAAGUUGCUCGCGUCUAUGUGGGCUCCUUUUGGGACCAGCCAUUAAAGAAUGAGAAGCUGAGAGAGCUUUUUGAGCAGGAGGAAAGCGACCUUUAUUCCAAAAUUGCGCAGUUGCCGCGCAGUGCAUCCAUAAGGAAGGUAAAUGAUUUGAUCAAGCGUGCGCGUUUGGCCAAAGUUCACGCCUACCUGUUGGAUUUUUUCUACAAAAGGAUGCCAACAUUCUUUGGGCAUGCCAAAGAGCAAGAACGAAUGAUACAAGAUCUGCAGAGCAUUUACCAAGAGAUUUCCGUGCAGAAGGGCAUUCCGUUGGGUGACUUUCCAGACCCGCGGAUGAUGCAGCAAAUCCUCACGCCCAUGGACUUCUCCACCUUCAAGCCGAUCGAUCCAGAGAAAUUACAGGAUCGGGUGAUGUGGUGUUCGGCUGACGCACGCACACACAAACACACACACACACUCUCUCUCUCGCUCUCGACAAAAAUUGGAUCUUUUAAGAGAUCCAUCAGGAACUCAGUCCUUUUCAUAUGCAACAAGACAAGAAAAAUCGACCUAAAGUAG